CGAAACAGUACGCUAUCGUUGAGUGGAAGAGAAUAGCGCGCCCUUGCAACAAGCGACGCGGGCGCAGCGGCAGGCCGUUUUUCAUCGUUUCACUUCUGUAUUAAUUACGUUGCAUUUGAUUUUAUUGGAUUGAACGUUUUUGGCCAAUGUUCCCAUUCUUCUUGCUGAUUUUAUCUCCAACUUUCCAGUUCAGUUCGCCAACCACGACUGAAAACUGCGAUGGGAAAUGGAGGAACCUGCAGCGCCUAUUAUUAGCGAGGAUGAUCAGCAUAUAAUUCCAGACACUUUUUUACUAGAUGGCUAUCUUAUGCGUAACAGCAAGCCGGCACAAUUUGCACCUCCAAAGUUUCUAAGCAGCUCAUGGAGAUCUCGUUCGAAACGAAUUAGCCGUAAAAGCAUUGCAGAAGAGCCGAAAGAGCCUUCGACUUCUACAGUAAGCAAUGUGACGAGAUACACUCGGUCAUAUAAUCAACGAGUUCGAUGCCCUACCCCGGAAAUCUUGCCGGAGAUUGAUUCCCAUGUUUUGUUGGAACUUGCCGGGAGUACCGCUCAAUCGUUCAAAGAUGUCUCUGCUGCGCAAGAAAAGCGUGCAGCAGCGAGGAGUCGAAAGGAACAGAAGUCUUCUGCACAGACUACAGAAACGACCGCGUCGUCAAAACCAUCUACAGCGAAGAAAAAGGCCAAGAAAGUCGAAACACCGCCGGCUAAAAAGGCUGAGACACCGCCGAGGUCAAGCAAACAUAAACAUAAAGAACGAAGUGUUACAUCUGAUGCAAAAGUGGACACCCCCGUUUCAACAAAGACUAAGAAGCAUGAGAAACGACGGCAUUCAAAGGAGAAAGAAGAACAAGCAUUGGAUCAUGAAGAUAAAAGUGCUUCAACAGCACCAGCUCGAAGGAAGACAUCUUCGCAAGUCAGAGAAAACUCACCCACUGUCGAUGUGAAUUCUUCUGAAAAGAAGCGUUCGUCUACCAACAUAAAAGGAUGGUCAAAGGAAAAAAUCAUCAAGCACUUUGACUUGAAGGAGUUCUUCAUUGACAUAUCGGACUUUCCUCACCAUGAAAUGCCACCAUCAGCAAGCUCGCAAGAAAUGGAUUCAGUCGGAGAGGAGACAUCCAAAGUGGAAAUAAAUGAACCGAGUUCUUCACAAGAUAAACCAGAAGUAGAAGAAAAAACAGAGAUAAGAGCUGAUGAGAAAAGUGGACGGAAGCGAAAGCGCUCCUCUUCUUCGUCGUCUUCAUGCUCAAGCUCAUCGUCUGGACGUCAUUCUGAUGAUGAUAGUGCACAGACAAAACCAACGGCGAAGAAGAAAGCUCACAGUGAGAGACCGUGCGUCGAGUGUGGACGAUGGCUUGAUGAUUGUGCUCCGGAAUGGAAGGAAGUUUUGGGCCCUUCAUCUGUAUGGUGCUCGCGAGAAUGCAUUGAAAGGAGAGUGGCAAGAGCGCACGAGGUACUUCGGGAAGAUUAUGGAGCUUUGACGUUGUUGCGAGGAGACGGGCAACUUCUCACUACAGGCCCUACACUGGUGAAUCUAGCUGAAUUUAUCUUCAAAUACCCGGAGUAUGAGCCCGUGCUACCUGUUGCCAGGAAGAAAGCGCAUGUGAAAACUGAAGAUACAUCACAUGAGCAGAAGAAAUCUGCCGCCAAAGUACUUUCGAAAGACUCGGACAGGACUCGAUUCAAUGUGAGAAGAGCCUUCUCGGACGCAUUAGUAAAGAGAGCAAAAAUGGACAAGAUCAAAUCUGCUGUAAAGCUAUGUAAGGACACUGCGGAAGCUGUGGAAGCAGCUCUUUUCAAGCAUUGCAAUUCAAAUCCGAAUUCGCCAAAGUAUAAGAAUUGGACGAAGAUGUUCAUAGAAAAUGUGACAGAUCAUCGCAAUAAAGGCUUCUAUCAUCGAGUUUUGACCGGUGCAAUUUCGGUGUACAAAGUAGUAACUUUGGAAGGAGCGGACAUGGGAAAACCGGAAUAUGCAGCGCCGAUUAAUGAGGAUGGAUCAGGUGUGGAAGAAGCAAACGUCAUCAGUGAUGAAGUAUCUGCCAGCACCUCUGCUGCAAAUGAGAAUGUCAAACCUGAAGCAGAAGAACCUGUUGCUGUUGAACGCGUCGUCGAAGUUGCAAAGGGCAGUGGAUCGGGUGCUGCCAUGUCUGAGAUUGAUGCAUCGAAGACCUCCUUGAGAAGAGAUUCCUCAUUUACGCGCUCUAAUUCCGAAGGUGUCAAGCCGAGGCGGACAUCGAAACGGUCUGAUGCUCGUAAAGUCGUUACGACCAUAGAUGCCAUUCUUGGAGACGGAGCUAAGGACACAACUGAGCAACAUCUGAGUCACUUCUACGAUGUUAACUGCAGCAUAUGCCUGGCGAAGCAGAAGCAACAAGCAGAAGCUGAAAGAAAGGAACGAGAGGAGAAAGAAAAGCAACGUGAAGAAGAACGAAGGUUUAGAGAGAUGUUACCCCUCGAUCGAUUUCAUAAUCGACAGCCGGGAAAUUUCUAUACUAGUGUGGCAGCCAGCAGCGUGAAAGAUCUUCAGCGGCGUAGUUUUGAUGACUCGAAACAGACACCGGAAAGCACAGGAGCUGCAUGUGCUUCGGACGAAGAUUACGGCGAUUCAUAUGGGGUUGAAGCGGAUGAUUCGCCUUCGUAUAUGGAUGCAACUGCUCCGUUUGUAGAAUCACGGCAGGUUCCGGACAGCUGGAGAGAGGACAGUCGUCGUUCUCCAGGAUGGAUGAGAUCUGCUACCAUUAUAUGGAAAGGGCAGAUCUCUAUGAACAAUACUUUGCUGUUGACAUCCUUCUGUCUUGUCUCGAAUCCUGUAGCCUGUCGAGCGGUCGCUCAAUUACCGUCCAUUCUACGAAUAAAGGGGCGCAUAGUUCCCGUGAUUGUUUUCGACUAUGUUCAUGGAAUUGUAAAGAAUGGGGAGCAUCAAGUUUGCGUUAUGCGCUUGACGACUCCGGGCAAUUUUGAUGACGAACAAAGGUUUUAUUCACUCUAUGAAGACAUGAUGAGAAAGGGACGAUAUUUUGCCAUUGAUGUACCACGUGAUUCUGGUCUUAAAGACAUUUAUCUGAUGCCGCUAGCUCCUGAUGAAGAGCCGCCGGCUAUCCUUCUUCCUUUCGAUGGUCCAGGGAUACCUUUGCGUCAUCCUCCAAUGAUCCUCUGUGUCAUGGUUGUGUACGGGUCGGACAAAUCAUGGGAUUCUAGACUCCGAUAUGACGACGUGCCAUCGUCCCUUUCGAGCCUCACUAGGAGUAGGAGAGAGAAGUCCGACUCACCAAGGAACGCCGAUGCUGUUGAAAAAAGUGAAGCCGAAGCUCUUACGUCAGAAAGGGAGGUGCCCGAACCAUCAGUUGACUCUCAGGCCGCUAAAGCCAUACAGGAACGCGAAGGAUUUCCGCAACCCGCAGAAGAGAGUCAGUCAGCGACUAGUACGCCCUCAGACACUCAGGCUAAUUUCGCUCCCGUUUCCGAAACCGAUAGCUUGCUUCCAUCUAAGUUCUUUGCGAUGUGUGAGAAAGCGGCUAAGGAGCCUGCCAAGAUCCUCAGUGCGGAUGAAAUUGAGACUCUUCCGGAUCUUCUAGUGUUUAUUCAGCUCAAUUCCAAUCCUAGGGAGAUCAAGGAAGUUGUUGCUCGAUUCUUGACCAAUCCUACGUUGACUGACAAUGAUCGAGAGCUGAUAAGGAAGAAGGUUAUGGAGAAAAUCUCAAUAGAGAAGAAAAGAAAGGCCCAAAAUAAGAAGCUUGCCACUCCUAAAGCUGCUAAAGAGUCGCCGAAAGUGGAGGAGAAAUCGCAAGAUUUGAAUGAGAGCGCUGCCAGUGAUAACAAAAAGGAACCUGCAAAUCCAGAAGGGAUCGAUCUUGAAUCGUUAAAUCAACUUUCAUCAUUUGUUGGCGAAGGUGCUAAGGAUCUUUUCACGCAGGUUGUUGAGGAGACGACUGAUGUUUCCCCUUCACCUCCUCUUCCUCCUUUAUCUCCAACUCCGGAGCGCAAAGGAACCGAAACUCCUGUGGAUAAUGCAUCGGAGAUUGAGAGGAAAAGCAGUCCGAAUGUUUUGACAUGUAGCGAGAUGUUACCUGGGCCUCCCCCGGUGCCACCAGUGUAUGGAGACAAUGACUCACCUGACGGAAGUGCUGCUGACCUUGAGCGAAGGGAAUCCGUGGAUUCUCCCAACUUGCCACAGCCACCGCCAUUCCCAACUCUAAAGAUUUUACCCGUGCCUCCACCGCCACCUCCUCAGUCAUGCGAUAUCGCUGUGCCGCCACCUCCACCACCGCCACCAGAGCUUUCUAAUCAAACUUCACAUGUGGAGCAACUGCCAUCCGCGAAAGCGCCUCUUGUUGCUCCACCUCCGCCACCACCUAUUCUCGGAGCCCAGCCUAGUGGUCCAAUCUCUUAUCCCCCAACUAACCCACAGAUGCUACAUCAGACACCCAUACAGCCCCAGAUGCCACCGGGGAUGUAUCCUCCUUUCCAAAUGCCUCCAGUCUCAGGAUUGCUACCACCUUUACAUCCGCCCUCACUAGCGGGAGUACCACCCUCAAUCACCCAGAUGAGAGCACCUAUGGCUACUUUGCCACAAGCACCAAGAGCUCCCUAUCCAAUCCCGCCGGUGCCACCAUCGCCGAUGCAGCCGCAAGUACAUGCUCAGGCGCCCGUAUCGGCGGAACACAGGGAUUUUUUUCCCUGUCCAACGAUGCAUCGGCCUGAAUUUUCGAAAGGACAGCCUCCGUUUCCACAGCCUCCCUUGGUUGGAAAGGUGGAAUCGCAAAGUGCUGUACUACCGCCGCCUAUGGCUCCGCAGCCUUAUCCUUCUAAUCAGGCAGUCGCAACUACUUUUCCCGCUCAACAACCGGGACUCAUGGCGGUUCCUCCAAAGAGAGUUCUGCCUACAGGAAUUAUCCCAAGUCUUGGUCGAGCUCUGACUGAAAAAGAUCUCAUCCCUAGGACGCCAACACCUUCACCACCCCCACCAAACAAGCAGGUACCCGCAAGCGCAAACGGUCCUCGCACUCCUAGUCCUAUCUCAAAAAGCUUUGAUCGCGGAGUGGGCCUUGGUGGAUUAACAAAAGACCGCGCAGAGCGCGAACAAGGGAAUGCAUCGCAAGUCAGCUCGCAACUUCAAGAUGAAAAAUCUUUUGCGACAGGCCGAGCAGGAGGAGAUUCUGGGCCGCAGGCAUGGCACAGUGAUCACCCUGAGCAUAACAAAACUUUGCAAGAUAGUAACGAUGACGACGCCAUGGAAGUAGGAUAUGAGUCAGACAGUAAUUGUGCAUACAGUGAUAGUAAAAAUGGAGCGAUGUGGACUCCUCGACCAGUGGAAAGAGGAAGACCUCCUUUGAGACGACCAGUUGGAUAUGGACCUCCUUCAGGAAGCCGUCCCCAGAUGCCAAUACCUGACUAUGCGGAUGAUCCAAAUUAUAUACCGAUCAAUCAACAACGCACACGUGGUUUUGGCACUCCUCAGCCGUACAGACCACCAUAUACUCCUCGUCGUGCUGGAUUCUUUCCACCACCACUAUCGCGUGGUGCCUAUAGUGCACCCAAUGUCAGGCCAGGUCCAGAGCCUGGCGUUGGUCCACCGCCGAUGCGGGGAAGGUACAUGCCUCCAAUGCGGCCACCUAUGUGGCGGGGAAGUCGUGGAGCACCUUUUGCACCGAGGGAUGGUCCACCAUGGCGGGAUCCAUCGUAUCGUCCCAGGUUCUAACCUCAUUUAUUUUUUUUAUUGUCUAAUGUUGAGUAUAUUAUGAAGCCCUGUGACUUCAAAUUGCUAUGCCAGAAAUUUUUGUUGUAUGUGUCAUAUUCUUUGUUGUUGUUCCUGUUAUCAUGUUAAUGCACGGCAAAUUCAAACCCCGAAGUAUUACGUUUAUCAUAUCUUGUGCUCUAAUACAACAGAAGGUUGACGUUCAAUUUUGGAAAAACACUCUGUCUG